AUGCCGCCGUCGUUUCAACAGCAGCACUCCGGCCCUUCUACGGUGCCAACCGGCACCGCUCUGAACCGAGGUCGUCCGAUGAACCGGCAAAGGGACAGGAGGGAGAAUCAGGAGAACGAAGGAGCGGCGCAGAUGGCGAAUAAUCUGAAACGGCGCCGGGAGGUUAGGGUUCGGCUAAGAGGCCUUCAAGCGCAAGUUGCAGAGUGCUCGAACCGCAAUGAGCUGAGCAUCGGGUCGAGCAAGUUCGAGGAGAUUCUGGAGACAGCCAACAAGCUGACGACGAACCCUGGCGUGGCCUCGGACCUGAAGCUGCGCGAGAAGCUUAUGGACGCCGAUGUGCUGGACGGCCUCUCUCAGGUGCUCGCACACUCCACGGAGGCGCUGCUGCGCCGCCACGCUGCCACGCCUGAGCAGUUCGUUGCGGCGCUUAGAGCCAAGCUGGGCCCCAUGGAGGCGGAGGCGCCCAAGCGCAGGGCGCAGGCAGUCAGGCGCAAGAGGGACGUGGUGGGGGCAAGUGUUGUUCCCGUGCAGCUGAACAAGCAGCAAGGGAAGGAAGGGGAUGGAGCAGAGGGUGGCAGUGGCAGCAAGGAGACGGCAACGGAGGGGACAGUGAAGGAGAUGUAUCGUCGGCUCAAGAGGGCGCCGCGGCACCGCGUGCAGCUGCCGCAGCUGCUGCUGUCGCGCACGUCCUUUGCUCACACGGUGGAGAACAUGUUUGCGCUCUCCUUCCUUGUGAAAGAAGGCCGCGUGGGACUCACGCCUGAUCCGACCUUUGGGGCUGCUGUUGACCUUCGCCCACCCACGGAGCCCGCAUCAGGCAGCGCGCAGCCGAAGGGGCAGUUUAUCAUGCGCCUUGACAUCAACGACUGGAAGGUUAACAUUCUGUAUUCGGGUAUACUUCCGCUGACCAUGCUGCUCUGGUGGAUGGACGUAUCACAACCGCAAGUCAGAGCAUGGUUGCAUCAGCUGGGCUUGACUGGGACAACCUUGGCUGAAGGGAGAAUGACUCUCCUUGUACAACUACUCCAGAAACCCAUUGAGCUCUGUGGUAUCGGAAUGCGGAGGCUAAGUGAAUCUGUCAGAACAGUCGUCGAGAAUAUAGCCGCAAUAUGGCAGCUGAAAGAGGCAACGGAUGCCAGAAUGAGGGCUCUUGGUGAGCAGCUGGAGGAGACACGGAGGGAGGUGGAGGAAGCUGAAAGGAGGAGGACAGUGGAGUGGAAUGCAAUGAGGGAGCAGGUGGUGGAGAGGGAGCGGGAGCUGGCAGCAGUGAGAAGUGAGUUGGGUGAACACAGAGCCUCUUUGACCGAGCGAGUGGAGGAGGUUGCAAGGCGAAGGGCAAUAGACUCGAGAGAGCUCAGAGGGCUGGUGGAGGAGAGGGAAAGGGAGCUAGCAGCGAUGGGGAUGGAGUUGAUGGAACAUAAGCUCUCAAUGGUCGCGCAGAUGGAUGAGGUUCAGAGAAGGACAGGGGAGUUGCUGCAGUUGAGGGGGCGGGUGGAGGAGAGUGAGAGAGAGUUGGGUGCGGUGAGGGUGGAGAUGAGUGGGUUCAGGAGGGAGUUGGGGGAAAGGGAGAGAGAGUUAGCAAUAAUGAAGGGAGCGUUGGUAGCAGUGCAAGGAGAGCUGGCAGCAGUGAAGGGGGCCGUGGAGGAAGGUCAAUCCGAGAUGAUGAGUGCUCUGCAGGGGCAGCAGGAAGUGGCAAGGAGGGAGUUGGCUGCGGCCAUAGAAGAUUUCACUGAAUUCAAGGACUCGGUGACAGAACAACUGGAUGCAGCUGAAAGUUGGAAAGAAGAUUCCAGCCAAUCAGACGAGUGCUUAUCGAAAGAGGAGAGGGAGGAGAGGGAAGCAGAGGUUGAAAGAGCAUGGGAGGUGAGUUAA